AUCUCUCUUUCACAACACCGAUUCUGAGACUUCACCGAAUAUGACCGCCGAUUCAACCGUCGCACACGCUAAUAGCGUCGUUUCUAACGGCGAUGUCUCCAACGGAAACACCACCGCUUCCUCUAAGAAAUCUCGUGAGAGCGACCGUCGCCGCCGCCGACGGAAGCAGAAGAAGAACAACAAAGCAUCCCAAGCCGAUGUAGAUGCAUCGGACGUUUCUGGUGCUUCUGAUUCUAAGGAGAAUGCAGAUCCGCAGCAACAGGUUUCUGAGCAGAUUGUGAUAGAGUAUGUUCCAGAGCAGGCUGAAUUUGAAGAUGGUUUGGACGAGUUUAAGGAAAUCUUUGAGAAGUUCAACUUUCGCGAACCUGUUACCUCUGAAGAAGAUGGUAAGAAGGAUGAGUCUGAGGAGAAAGAAGAUGUCAAAAAGAAGGUUAACUCUGAUAUAGAUUCAGACGACGAUGAGCAGGAUAACCAGAACAAAGAGAAAGGCAUCUCUAAUAAGAAGAAAAAGCUUCAACGGAGGAUGAAGAUUGCUGAGCUGAAGCAGGUUUCGGCUAGGCCUGAUGUCGUUGAGGUCUGGGACGCUACUUCAGCAGAUCCAAAGUUGUUGGUGUUUUUGAAGUCUUAUCGGAAUACAGUUCCUGUUCCAAGACAUUGGUCCCAGAAGAGAAAAUAUUUACAGGAGAACGUCUGUGAUAACCAUGGAGCCUGGACUUGUAGUUGUUGGCAUCUCAUCGGGGUUUCAUUUUUGCAGGGAAAACGUGGUAUAGAGAAGCAGCCAUUUCAUCUUCCUGAUUUCAUUGCUGCAACCGGAAUUGAGAAAAUUAGACAGGCUUACAUUGAGAAAGAAGAUGGUAAGAAGUUGAAGCAAAAGCAACGGGAGCGAAUGCAACCAAAGAUGGGAAAGAUGGACAUUGACUACCAGGUCCUUCAUGAUGCAUUUUUCAAAUACCAAACAAAGCCUAAGCUGUCAGCUCUAGGCGAUUUGUAUUUUGAAGGGAAAGAAUUUGAGGUUAAACUGAGGGAAACGAAACCAGGGCUUUUAUCACACGACUUAAAAGAAGCUCUUGGUAUGCCUGAAGGCGCUCCUCCCCCAUGGCUAAUUAACAUGCAGAGAUAUGGUCCUCCUCCUUCUUACCCACACCUGAAAAUUCCUGGUUUGAAUGCUCCUAUUCCACUUGGAGCUAGCUUUGGGUAUCAUGCUGGCGGCUGGGGGAAACCUCCAGUUGACGAAUAUGGGCGUCCAUUGUAUGGAGAUGUCUUUGGUGUUCAGCAACAAGAUCAGCCUAACUAUGAGGAGGAGCCUAUUGAUAAGAAUGGUACUGAAUCUGUUGAUACACUGUCAAGCACUCCUACUGGUAUUGAGACACCAGAUGCAAUUGAACUUCGUAAGGAACAGAGAAAGGAACCCGAUAGGCCUCUAUACCAGGUACUCGAAGAAAAGGGAGAGAGUGUUGCUCCUGGAACAGUGCUGGGAACCACACACACAUACGUUAUUAAGACUGGUACUCAAGACAAGACGGGAGCCAAAAGGGUUGAUUUGCUGAGAGGGCAAAAGACAGACAGAGUGGAUGUCAGUUUACAGCCAGAAGAGCUGGAUGCUAUGGAAAAUGUGUUACCUGCCAAGUAUGAGGAGGCAAGAGAAGAGGAGAAAUUGCGCAAUAAGCCAGAGGACUUGAGUGACAUGGUCGUCGAGCAUGUGCAGCAGAAUAGCAGGAAGAGGAAAAUGCAUGAUAAGGAAGGGAAGAAGAAGAAAGAUUUCAAAUUCUGAGGUGUGUUAUGGAAGAGACACAAACGGAUUCUGGACAUGAGUGGAUGGAGAGAAGGAGAGAGAUUCAUGUUACAGAGUUUUUUUAGUCUUGAGUCAGAGAUCUUGAGUUGUAGUCUUAAUGCUAUGGAAUCCUAUAACUAUGUUGUUAUCUGAAGGCUUAAGUAAAACUUGUUUUGGGAA